AUGAAUGUUAUAUUGGCUGUAAAGCAGUACAUCAGUAAAAUGAUUGAGGGGUGUGGAGGAGGUAUGAAAGUUCUGCUUAUGGACAGAGAAACGACAAGCAUUGUGAGCAUGGUAUAUGCCCAGUCAGAAAUUUUACAGAAGGAGGUCUAUUUAUUUGAGCGCAUUGACACAGCAGGAAGAGAAGCAAUGAAACAUUUGAACUGCAUUGUGUUCCUCAGACCCACACCUGAAAAUGUGGACUUGUUAGCUCAAGAGCUGCGAAUGCCUAAAUAUGGACUUUAUUUUGUUUAUUUUAGCAAUGUUAUCAGCAAACAGGAUGUUAAAACUCUUGCAGAAGCAGAUGAUCAAGAAGUUGUGAGAGAAGUACAGGAAUUCUAUGGAGACUAUAUAGCAGUCAACCCACACCUGUUUUCUCUUAAUUUGGUUGGCUGCUGUCAGAACUUAAAUUGGUCACCUUCAAUGCUGUCACGCACCAUUCAAGGUCUAACUGCAGUUCUGUUGUCACUGAAAAAGUGUCCCAUGAUUAGAUAUCAGAAUUCUUCAGAGAUGGCUCGCAGACUUGCUGACAGUGUCAGGCAAGUGAUCAGUAAAGAAGCCGCACUGUUUGAGUUUAGGAAGACUGAUGUUCCUCCUGUACUCCUUAUUUUGGAUCGUAGGGAUGAUGCUGUUACCCCUUUGCUUAAUCAGUGGACUUAUCAAGCUAUGGUUCAUGAGUUGCUGACCAUCUCCAACAACCGCAUUAAUCUGUCAUCAAUUCCAGGGGUUUCCAAAGAUCUGCAGGAGGUAGUCCUGUCAGCUGAGCAUGAUGAAUUCUAUGCUAAUAAUAUGUACAUGAAUUUUGGAGAAAUUGGAUCUAACAUUAAAGAACUGAUGGAAGAGUUUCAGAAAAAGUCUAAAAGUCAAGCAAAAGUGGAGUCUAUUGCUGAUAUGAAG